GAAAGAAGAGGAAACUGAGUAGUCAGCUAAGGAGGGAGCAGGGGUCAUAGUUAGGAUUUCACCGCUGGUGAGGGAGGAUGAUUGGGGAUCGUUAGCUAUGCCUGUGCCAUGUUGACCACUGAUGGACGGCCUUCAACCUUCGGACACACUGCAACAGCUUUGGACAUUUGGAUUUUAAUGUGAUUAUGUGGGUUCUGUGAUAACUCCUCUCAUAAAAAGGAAAAAAACUGCAUACUUUCUGUGCCUGUCCCAGCCGUGGUGGCUGGCCUAACCAAGCCGGGGCAGAUGAAGGUGAAGUGGACCCAGCUGGGCUUGGUCUUCUUCCUGCUUCUCUCCCUCGUCAUGACGGGCUGCUUCCUGUGGCAGUACCAGAUACCCAAGCUACAGCCAGAUGAAAAUGUGGAUAAAGAUUCCAACACCGAAAAGAUGUGCCCCCAUUUCCCUGAACCCACACCCCUGGAGCACCCCAUCCAUCACCUGAGAGCAGCAUUAGAGAAGGUGGAUGUCCUCCUGCGAUCCAGUGUGCACGAAACCAGCCUCCCUGCUUUGUCCGCCAUCGUUAUCUACAACGACUCGGUGCUGUGGACCGGAAACUUCGGCAAACGGAACAGGAGUGACCCCCGCUCAGGCCCGCCUAACGAGUACACAAUAUACAGGAUUGCCAGCGUCUCUAAGCUCUUCCCCACGCUGAUGCUGUACAAGCUGUGGGAGGAAGGGAAGGUGGGGUCCCUGGACGACCCGCUGGAGAAGUACGUGGACAACUUCACCAUAAAGAACCCCCUGGGGAGGCUCCGGGACUCGGAGCUCAAGCACGUGACCGACGGCCUGAUCUUCCUGGACAGCGGGGAGGUGCCCAUCCGCUCCUCUUCCGUCACCCUGCGGAGGAUGGCCAGCCAACUGUCCGGUUUACCCAGAAGGCUUAGGGCCACUAACCUACUCUGGAAAGGAAAGACACAGGCAGCUCUCAACCUCCUUCAAGACGACGUCCUGGUGGCUGACCCAGGCACCAAGUGCCACUACAGUAACCUGGCCUUCUCCCUGAUGGCGCAUGUGCUGGGAGAGAGGGUGCUGGGACUGGACUACCAGCGCUGGGUCUCCGACAACAUCCUGGAGCGGCUGGGGAUGGAGGACACGGGCUUCGACAUCACGCCCGGGAUCCAGAGCCAGAUGGCGGUGGGCGUGUACACCAGCGGGCAGCCGGCGCCGCUCUACGACCUGGGCUGGUACCGGCCCUCGGGGCAGAUGUACUCCACCACGGCCGACAUGGCCAAGCUGGCCAUGAUGCUGCUGGGGGCCCACAGGCGCAAGCUGCUGGAGCCCGACACCCUCAAGGUCAUGCUGACGCCCCUCUUCCGCUGCGACAAGAGCUACUUCGCCAACCGCACGGGCACCCCCUGGGAGGUCAACGAGCAGCUGGGGUACGAGGUGGUGCGCAAGGACGGCGACCUGGAUGGCUACUCGGCCUCCUUCUCCCUGGUGCCUCGCAUGAAGCUGGGCCUGGUGCUGCUGAUGGCGGGCACCAAGCCCCAGGACCAGGACGUGGUGGCCCAAGCCUACGCCCACCUCAUCCCCGCCAUGGAGACCGCCUUCAGGGAGGCCCGCCGCGUCCUGGCGGCCCCGCCCAGCGCCGCGCCCUACGUGGGGUUCUUCACCUACAGCAACAUCACCUUCUACGAGAUCCGGGCGGGGCCGGACGGGGUGCUGACCAUGCAACAGUUUGGGCCCCACAUCGAGAACCUGAUCCCGGAGCAGUACAGGACCAUAAAGCUCAACUUCCUGGAGGACCGGGUCUUCAGGGUAGUGUUUGAGACGGAGUACCCCUGCGUCUUAACCGUCAACUCCGUCUCCGUUUCCCUGGAGGCCCAGGACAGACAGCUCUUCAAUUUUUACAUCUUCGAUAAGAAGGGUGUGUCCCCUGGCUUCGACGCACCCGGUCUUAACACGUACAAUGUGGUCCGGAUACCCCAGAAGCCCUCCUUCUCCAGCUGAGCUCUUCCAUGAACUGAGUCUAAGGACAAACAGCACAAAAGGGGACAUUCUGACCUUUUGUGCAGAAGCAGCCCAGGAUAUUAUGAAUAUGCUGACUGUUUCUUUGAGAAUCAGUUUUUCCGUUAUAUAUUCCUUCCUGUUCUUGUCCAUCUAUUCAGUAGGGCAUUUUUUUUUAAAUAAAUACUGAUUAAUGCAUGGUAGUUGUGCAUAUUAAUCCACAUUUUUCUAUAAACGUGUUGACUAAAGUUAUAACAUGUUGUACAUAAUUUUUUUGUUUCUAUUUUCUGUCUCAUGUACUGUGUUAUUUGUAUCAUUUUUUGUUAUGUGUCAGAAAAUGCAUUUUACAGGCUGAGGAUGCUCUGUAAAGAUGUAUAUCCUCCUGUGUGAGACAAGUUAUUUGGAAACACGUAUAGUGCUUUUUCACAACAUGGUCAUGUUCAGUUUUGACUGCGCUAUCCUUUCAUAAAGAGGAAAAGUUUCACAGAACGGAUUUACAUUUACAAGUUUUCCUUCCAGUACUCAAGUCUAGAAAUAGGAUUAGCACUAGGAUCAGGAUUAACAGAAAAUUGGACAUUUCUAAUAAUAACUAUAACUGCAAAAAUAUAAAUAUAUUUGUUUUAUAAUACCAGAAACUUUGUGCUAUGAAAUGUCCAUAACACACUAAAAUUCAGUGGGUGGCAGCCCUUUUUAUAAUGUGAAAGUGGACAUCAAAAAGUGAAUGAUUUUUCAAAGACUACUUUGGGGUCAAAUCUAAAUAUUUAAUUCUAAGUUCAUAUUUUUUUAUCAUAGUGCCUUUAUCUGGCCAAUCAACACAAUUUGAAUUAGAUAAUUGCUAAAUUAGCAUAGCAUUAUUUCUACUCACAGUAAAUUAGGCAUACAGUAUGCUGUAUGCUGUUUUAAGGAGAAACUUAAACAAAUAUUAUGUGAGGACCAUUUAAGUCUGGUUUCCUGUUUUUCUUGUUUAAUUUAUAUUGCAAAGAACUGUGGGCGAUGUGGUGAGAAGCUCAUGUGGGAUGAAGGUCAUGGUCAUUUGUUGCAUUUUGUUUUAUACUGUUAAAAUUCUGCAAGGAAAAAAAACCUGUGUUCACCAUAACAGUUUGGAGUU